UGAGGGGAUAAAAGCAUGCCCAGCCUCAUGUCUUUACCUUCUUCCACUCACCUGCUUCUUCCUAAACUCCCUCAAAAUAUUAACUUCAAAUCUGUUGGGUCUAUAAAUUGUUGCAGUCUAAGAAAACAGAGCAAGCCAAGUCUAAGAACCUCUUGGCCUUCCAUCUCUCUAUCCCUUUUCGGUUCUGGUUUCAUUUUGGGUCCCCUCAUCGAUGGUCUUCAUUCAAGGGUCGACCUUGUGGUCUACCAAAAUGGAGCAAUAAACAUCGGUCCGCUCCACACCAACAUAUGGGUCCCUCCUUUGCUGGGAUUGUUUUACUGUACAGUUGGGUUGCUGCAACUCUUCUUGGAUGAAAAGGAGAAUCAAAAUGUUCCUCAGGGAAGUCUGGAAAAAGCUGUUGGAUCUCUUAUAGCAUUGGUACUGUUUAUCGGACUGAGCUCUGAAAUGUAUAAAAAUGGAGUUCCGGACAACGUUGAGGCGUACGUUUUGUUUGCUGCGGCAGAGCUUUUAUGGUUCUCGCUAGAUAGGACACGUCUGGGUUUCGCCCUAGCAUCUGUCAUUGGCAUUUGCUGCCCCUUGGCUGAAAUUCCAUUGAUGAAGUUUUUCCAUCUCUGGUACUACCCACAAGCAAAUAUUGAGAUCUUUGGGCAGGGACUUGUUACAUGGACAGUCACCUGCUAUUUUGCCUACACUCCAUUCCUGGUAUGUUUAUCCCGCUGGCUGCAGUCCACCAUUACUGCUACUGAUACACAGAAGAGCGAGUGAGUAACUGAUGAGGAAUUGCUUCUCCUGUCUAUCUAAUAUUUACUAGUGAUUUGGGUUCCCAAAUG